AUGUGGCAACCGGACGAGGAUGCGUCCGGCGCCGCGGAGGCGGCGUCCGCGAGAGCGACGAGCCCUGUGUCGCCGAAGGUCGCCGCUGCAAAAGUGUCGUGGCAGAUUGUUUACGCUAGUGUUCUGGGCUGUUUCCGCCUGUCUUACCAAUCAGCGAUAGUAGGUGCGUUGAUUGGCUCCAAGCCCACGCGAGGGUAGUGACAGGCCUCGCACGGUGCAGGCAGAGAAUCGACCAGGUGCGUGGUGCAGACAGUGAAUUGCAACGAGACAAAUCGAAGCCGGGCAGACGUGUGUGCCGUAAGAGGCUGUCGCUAGGACGUAGGUGCAGGCGCUAGCGAGAGGUGCAACGUUGCCACUGUGGCUGUCCACUACAAAAUUCUGUUCAUUUAUGCGCAGAUCAAGAGCGUGUUGAAGCGCCUAGGUGCGGUUUUACGCUGCGUAUGCCCUCUCUUGCCUCCGGUCUUCUUGACUCCGUUGUGGCACCGGACCCAGGCGGGGAAGGAGAAGGAAGAGCGGUAGAUGCAACGAAAAUCUACUACUACUACUACUACUACUACUACUACUACUACUACUACUACUACUACUACUACUACUACUACUACUACUACUACUACUACUACUACUACUACUAUUACUAUUACUAUUACUACUACUACUACUACUACUACUACUACUACUACUACUACUACUACUACUACUAUAUACUAAGUCACGCGCACGUCACAGUCCCUGCAAUGAACCCGAUUUUGGGUUAACAAUGAACAUUGUCUGAAACGACGGCUGAAAUAUCGAUUAACACAGCCUUUAUGCGUGUUAGCGCGAUCCCCUUCUUCCACAAUUGCGAUUUUUAAGUAAAUCCCUUUUGUGGAAUUCUUAUUAAAUUGAGUCACGCGUAUAGGCCAAACAGAUUUCGAUGUAUAUACGUUACUAUUGAUCAAAUGUGGUUAUCAUAUAAAACGUACAAACCUCAACAAUGGAUACCCUAAACAAAGAAUUCUUUCAUGACUGUUCGAGCAAAUCGAAUUUCCAGCUCAAGGUCAGAAUACAAAAACUAGUUAAUUAAAAGCAAGUUGAUCACGUUCGAAAGAGGGUUACAAAAAGGGGAAAAGGGAAUGUCAACAGGGGCCAAAUGUGGAAGCGCGUGCGAGGAGGGCGUGGAGAAUUUCAAGCGUUGACCAGCUGGAUACAACACUUUUCAUUGACUAUGAAAAUAUCAUAUGAUAAGAUAUCGCAAAAUUUAUUGGACAAAAUUCAUAUGGACCCAAUUGCGAAAAACUCGGUGCCUCAGUGGAAUUCGAACCCACGACAACAAAGGGAAGACUUUAGUACAGCCAACGCUCUAGCCAUCUGAGCUGCUUGGCCCCACCGGAAGACGUGAGUUUAGUCGAAUUCUGUCAAAGCAUUUAUGAAUUACGUGAGUCUGGUAGUCAUCUGGUUGAUUCUAGGUGGAUUACUUAGGAAAUCCUACUUGGGCAGUCGGCUUAAUGUAUCAGAUUUGGUGGAUUCCAGACGUUGCAGUAGGCAGGGCGGGUAGUCAGACCCAAAUGUUAUUAAACUCACGUCUUCCAGUAGGCCUCUUAACUCAGGUGGUUGGAGCGCUGGUUAUACUAAAGCCUUCAUCUUGUUGUCGUGGGUUCGAAUUCCACUGAGGCGCCGAGGUUUUCACAGUUUAGUCAAUAUGAAUAAUUCAAAAUCUGUCAAAACACCGAGGACAAAAUGUUUCAAAUGUUGGGAGGAUCAUAGUGAAUUUCUUUCCAUUUUUAACCUCAUCCACCUCUCUGUAAAAAGCUCAGUUAGACUGGAAUUUUUACGUAAGGUUUCAACUGGUCGUGGUGUAUUUUAAAUGAUAUGCAAGUUUCAGACCCAUAAGCUCGAAUAAAAUCCAUUGUCCGUACUUUCAACUAGCGUCUCGUGCACCGAUCGGCCUCAGCGGACACCAUCAGUCCGACGACUCCAACAGCUGCCUCCCCUAUCGCCCCUGCUCCAAUCCACUCAGCCCCCAUGGCGACGAGCACUUCACUACCGCCAAUUAUAAUCCAGCUGCCCCUCCCCCGCCGUCGAUCAGUGUCAUCUUCAGUGCCUCUGCCAAAACCUCUGUGCCGGGGGCGACGACGACCAUCACCCUCAAUGCCGCCACCGGUCAGGACACUGCCGACACCCCGCCAACCAACAUCCUCAUUGCCCCCCUCCCCGAUUUGGACUCAGCACUAACCUGUCCUCAGCGUUGA